GGUGUGUGAAUUCCGUGGCUCCGAUGCGCGCUAAUUAUUGGGGGUUGGCGCCCUUUUUCUCCCCAAUCCCGCCCAAUGCCCUAAUUCCUGCCCUUCCCCACCGCCGAAACCUAGCUCCCUCGCGCCGGCCAUGGCGGCCCUGCGCGCUGCCAAGCGCCCCAAGCUCGACCCCGGCGCCGCCCCUCAGCGAGGAGAGGACGAUUACGUGCCGGGGAACAUCGUGGAGAUCGAGCUCUGCAACUUCAUGACCUACGACCACCUCACCUGCCGUCCCGGCCCCCGCCUCAACCUCGUCGUCGGCCCCAAUGGCUCCGGCAAGAGCUCCCUCGUCUGCGCCAUCGCCCUCGGGCUCGCCGGGGACCCAAACAUUCUCGGGAGGGCGUCCAGCGUCGGCGCCUUCGUCAAGAGGGGGGAGUUUUCCGGGCACGUCAAGAUAUCCCUCCGCGGGGAUACGCCCGAAGACAAAAUCUGCAUUACGAGAAAGAUUGAUACCAAAAACAAGUCUGAGUGGCUCCUCAAUGGUGCAACUGUCCCAAAAAAGGAAGUCAUUGAUCUCAUUAAGAAAUUCAAUAUUCAAGUUAACAACUUAACUCAGUUCUUGCCUCAAGAUCGGGUAUCUGAAUUUGCAAAGCUAAGUCCCAUUCAACUUCUAGAAGAGACUGAGAAGGCUGUUGGUGAUCCGGAUUUACCUGUUCAGCAUCACCAACUUGUAGAGAGAAGUAAGGAACUGAAGGCGCUUGAAGUGGCUCUAAAGCAAAAUGAGCAAACCUUGAAUAAUCUGAAGGCCCUCAAUGCUGAACAAGAAAAAGAUGUUGAACGUGUUCGACUGAGAGAGAAACUCCUAAGAAAGGCUGUAUUAAUGAAGAAGAAGCUGCCGUGGCUGAAAUACGACAUGAUGAAGAAGGAAUACAUCGAAGUAGUACAGGAGCAGGAGAAAAUUGUGAAGAAGAAAAUGGAAGAAGCAGCCAGAAUUUGGGAAGAUUCAAAAGCCCCGAUUAAAGAACUCAAGAAAGACAAGGCAACUCAUACUUCAAAUAUAAAGAAGAUAAGCAAUCAAAUAACUCAAAACAUGAGCAACCGCCGGGAAGCUAUGGAUGAGGAACUGCAGCUGAGUGCAAGAUUAAAAGCUACAUUUGAUGACAUCGAAGAUAUGAAAACACAAGAAAAAUCUCGCCAGCAAAGAAUUUUGAAGGAAAAGGAAGCUCUUGCUGCUGCUGAAAGGGAACUUGAAGAUUUACAGCCGUAUGAACCACCUAGAGCUGAGAUGGCACAACUCACAGACCGAAUUGCACAAGUAAGUUUUGAGAUAAAUGAGCUAAAAAGGGAAAUGAAUACCAAGGAGUCUCAGUUAGCACGAGAGAAAGAAAGCAUGAGGAAGUGUUCUGAUAGGUUGACAGAAAUGGAAAGUAAGAACAAUAAGCUACUCCAAGCAUUGCGAAAUGCUGGCGUUGAGAAAAUCACUGAAGCAUAUCACUGGGUGCAAGAGAACAAAUCGAAGUUCAGGAAAGAUGUUUAUGGGCCGGUUCUCCUUGAGGUAGAUGUUCAGGAUAAGCUCCAUGCGUCUUACCUGGAAAACCAUGUUCCAAACUAUAUAUGGAAGGCAUUCAUCACUCAGGAUGCUUCCGACCGUGACUACUUGGUUAAAGAAAUGAAGCACUGUGACAUCCCUAUUCUGAACUACAUAGCAGACAAAGGCAUGAGAACCGCACCAUUCAACAUUACUCCAGAGAUGCAGCAACUUGGGAUCUACUCUCGACUUGAUCAAAUAUUCAAAGCUCCUCCUGCUGUAACAGAAGUUUUAAUCAGUCAGGCUGCUUUGGAUAGUUCGUACAUAGGUACAGAUGAAACUCAUCACAGAGCAUUUGAUGUACCAAAGUUAGGUAUUUCUGACUUUUGGACUCCGGAUAACCAUUACCGGUGGUCCAAAUCAAGAUAUGGUGGUCAUAUGUCAGCAUUUGUAGAUGCAGUCAAUCCUUCUCGCCUUUUCAUGUGCAAUCUGGAUGUAAAUGACAUUGAAAGGCUUCGAGUUCAGAAAGAAAAUCACAUGAAAGGUAUUGAAGGAAUUUAUGAAGCCUUAAAAAUGCUUCAGAAAAAGCAGAGGCAAUUAGAAGAUGAAGAGGCAGAUAUCCGCAAGCGAAAGGAAGGAAUUAUUAACAUGAUGAGGUCCCAAAAGAAGCAGCGAGAAGAAUUACAAAGGCGUGUUGAUGUUAAAAGGAGAAAGCUGGAGGACAUAUACAAAGAGGAAGAUGUGGAAUCCAUCACAAGAAAGCUUGUUGAUGAGGUGGCUAAGUUAAACGAUAAGCGGUUUCAAGCAGCGGUAAAAUUUAAAAAUUUGCUUACUGAAGCUGUUUCUCUCAAAUGGAGUUACAUAGAAAAGAACAUGGCUUCCAUUGAGCUUGAUGCAAAGAUAUGGGAGAUGGAAAAGGAUGUUAAGAAAUUUGAAAAGGAUGCUGUUCAAGCUGCUAGAGAAUAUGAAGAUCGUAAAAGAAUUACUCAAGAGCAUAAACAGCAGCUGUCUAUUGUGAAACAGCAUGCAGAGUCAAUAGCCAUGAUCACCAAAGACCUUGCGAAAGAGUUUCUUGCGAUGCCAACUACCAUCGAAGAACUGGAAGCUGCGAUACAAGAUACCGAAUCGGAAGCAAAUUCUAUGCUGUUUCUUAACCAAAACGUUUUGCAGGAGUAUCAAAACCGGCAACGUGAGAUAGAAUCAAUAUCAAAUAAACUUAAAGAUGACAAAGAAGAAUAUGAGAGAUGCUGCUCUGAAAUAGAAUCUGUAAAGGGUAAAUGGCUUCCAACUCUGCAGACUCUUGUUUCAAAGAUAAACGACACAUUCAGUCGUAACUUUCAAGAAAUGGCAGUUGCUGGAGAAGUUUCACUGGAUGAGCACGGUCUGGAUUUUGAUCAAUAUGGCAUUCUUAUAAAGGUGAAGUUUAGGCAAACUAGUCAGUUGCAGGUGCUAAGUGCUCAUCACCAAUCUGGAGGGGAGCGAUCUGUAUCUACCAUCUUGUACCUCGUAUCACUUCAAGAUCUUACCAACUGCCCCUUCCGGGUGGUAGAUGAGAUAAAUCAAGGCAUGGACCCCAUAAACGAGAGGAAGAUGUUCCAGCAGCUUGUCAGAGCUGCCAGCCAAGUGAACACACCACAGUGCUUCCUUCUGACGCCCAAGCUACUACCUGAUCUGGAAUACAGCGAUGCCUGCAGCAUUUUGAACAUUAUGAACGGCCCGUGGAUCGAGAAGCCGGCGAAAGCUUGGAGCGCCGGGGAUUGUUGGAGAACGGUGAUGAGCGUUGGUGGGCAUUGAUAGGCCGAAUAUAGCCGCGGCAUCAGUAGACUUGUAAAGUUAAGCCUGUAAGGCAGCUGGAAGCAGCUUUUGGGUGGUCAAUUUAAGGUUAAGUUGUACUUCCAUUUAAAUAUAGGAAAGCUAAGGUAGCUGAUUGCUUUUGUCCAGUACCAGAAGCUGGGUUUUUGCUAGUUACAUGGUAGCGUUUUGUUCGUUACUGAGCGGAUUGUAGUGUGCUCUCCAACCAGUAGCCGACCAGCUGGUAUUCGAUAAGUUAAUAAAUGCAAUGUGUGUUACUGUAUUUAUCCA